AUUCCCACCAGGAUCAUCCGGGAAUUCCCGCUUUUCCCUGGAAUUCCACCUCCCAGUGCCGGCCAGGCUGGAGCCGCGCAGCCGCAGCCGCAGCCGCAGCCGGAGCAUGGUGGAGUCGCGCGUCCGCCGGCUGGCGCUGGCGCUGCUGGAGGCGGGAGCGGAUCCGUCCCUGUGCCCGUCCGAGGCUGCGGCGCUGCGGCUGCAGCUGCGCUCGGCGCUGGCGGCGCUGGGGGACGCGGAGCCCGAGGAGCUGCUGGGGAGCGUCGCCCAGUUCCUGCAGCAGCGCCAGGAGCUGCCGUGGCCGUGGCGGGAGCAGGUUCUGGCCGCGGUGGCCGCGGUGAUCCGGAGUCGCCUCCCGGAGCUCGGAGCCGGCGCUGCCUCGGCCGCCGUCGCGCUGGCGGCGCAGGAGAUGGGCCGGAGCAAGGACCCGGAGCGUCAGGAGGCGGCCGGGGCGGUGCUGGUGGAGCUGGGCCGGCGCUUCCUGGCCCCGGUGCUGGAGCAGCUCCUGCGGAAAUUCCCGCCCGGAAUUCUGCCCCCGCCCGGCCCCAUCCGCACCCUCGCCGACCUGGCGGCCGCCAACGUUUUCGGGAUGGUUCCGUUCCUGAGCUCCAUCCUGGCCACGCUCGUGCCCCUGCUGGGAACGGCCUGCACGGAUUCCAUGAAAUGCACGCUCUGCUACGCCCUGCAGCGUUUCGGCGAGAGCAUCCAGGAGUACCUGGCGGGGCGGGCGGAGGCUCCGGAUCCGACGGUUCGUUCCGACGCCUUCGGCCUCGAGCUCGGAGCCGCCUUCGACAUCCUCAGCCACGGCUGGAUGCAGGCCCGGGACGGGAAGGUCCGCCUGGCCGCUCUGGAGGCUCUGGGCCCCCUGAGCUCGCUGAUCCCGGGGGAGCAGUUGGAGGAGCAGCUCCCGAAACUCCUCCCGACCGUCCUCGGCCUCUACCGCAAACACCCGGAGCCCUUCCCCAUCUCCAAGAGCCUGUGCCAGCUUCUGGAAGCUUCCGUGGCGCUGGGCAGCCGCAGUUUGGAGGCGCAGCUGGAGCCGCUCCUGGCGGCGCUGCUGGCCCAGCUGGUGGCUCCGGCCGAUCCCAACGUCCCCACGAGCAGCAAGAACCAGGCGGAGCUGCUGCGCUGCUUCUCCGUCCUGGCGGCGCCGUUCCCGGCGCGGCUCCUGGCCUGGCUGCUGCCGCGGCUGGAGAGCGGCUCCGAGCGGCACCGGCACGGGGCACUGCGGCUGCUGCGGCACCUCCUCAACAGCGCCCCUUCCCAGAUGGAAAUGCAGAAAGUUUCCAUCCUCUCUGCCCUGAAAGUCCCUCUGCAGGACCCGAGCAACAAGGUGAAGUGCGCCCUGGUGCAGCUGAUCUCGGCCCUGGCCCACCACGGUUUCCUGGAGCAGCCAGGGGCGGAGGCGCUGCUGGAAUUCCUGGUGGAGCAGUGCGCCCUGCCCGCCGAGCCGCCCUCCGAAAUUCCAGAGGAAAAUCCCGAGGAUCCGACGAGCGCCGACGUCCGGAGCGUCAGCGUCAGCACCCUGCUCCUGCUCAGCAGCACCGUGCCCCGCCUCGGACACGUGCUGUGGCCGUUCCUGCUGCCGCUGCUGCUGCGGCCGCGGCUGCGCCCGGCGCUGGUCCCGCUCUGCCGCAGCCUGGCCGGCCUGGCACAGCGGCACCGACCCGAGGAGUGCGAAAAUCUCCCUUCCCCGCAAGCCCUGACCGUGAGGCUCCUGGCCGUCUCCUCGCAGCCGUGGUCGUGCGGCGGCCGCGGGGCUCCGGCGCUUCGUCUGCUCCGGGAGCUCCGGAUCCUCCCCGAGCUGGAAAAAUCCUGGAACGCCGAAAUUCCCAAACUCCUGCGGCUCCUGGAAGAGAACACCGAGGAUUCCCUGGACCAGCAGGAGUGGGAGGAGAAGCUGCUCCAGUUUCUCCGGGAAUCCCUGAGCUCCAUCCCGGAUAAAUCCUGGAUUUGCCCCUUGGUGUCGGAGACGUUCCGGCAGCUCCGCGACGCCGACGGAUUCCCGGCGGAAAAGAAUUUCCUGUACAGAUCCAUGGGAACGGCGCUGGGGCUGUGUCCCGGGAAGGAGCAGGUCCGGAAGCAGCUCCAGGAGCUCCUGGAAAACGCGCGGUACCAGGAAGAGACGGAGCGGGAGGGUCUGGCUUCCUGCUUCGGGAUCUGCGCCCGGAAUCACCUGGAAGAAACUUUGGAAAAAUUGGAGGAAUUUGAGAAAUCCGACGUCUGCAGGAAAUCCCAGGGCUUGUUCAGCAUCUUCAAGGACCGGAGUGAUUCGGAGCCGGAGCAGCCGCGGGCGGCCCUGGUGCUGUGCCUGGGCCGGGUGGCGGCGGCGGCGCCCCCGGAGCUGCUGCGCUCCCGCCUGGAGCCGCGGAUCCUCGGCUGCCUCCUGCAGCUCGGCCGCAGCAAGGUUCUGGGAAUAAAAGUAGAGACCAAGGACCCGGCGCUGAAGCUGAGCCUGGCCCGGAGCAUCUCCAUGGUCGGCCGAGCCCUGGCCCAGGGCGGCUCCGGGAAUUUCCCCGGGAAUUUCGGGAAUUACCCCGGGAAUUACCCCGGGAACGGCCCCGGAGCCUCCGGCAGCGUCGCCCACAAGGCCGAGCUGGUGGCGCUGAUGGUGGAAUUCCUGCGGGCGGAGCCUCCGGAGGCGCCGCGGACGCGGCUGCGGCAGCACGCCCUGAGCGCCUGCGCCCACCUGGUCGCCCUGGAGCCGGCGCUGAGCGACUCCGAGCGCUCCGAGCUGCUGGACACGGCCCUGGGCUCCGUCCUGCCGCUGCCGCCGCCGGAAUCCGGGAAAAACCGGGAACAGCCCGGAGCCCAGGAGCUGUUCCAGGAGGCGCUGGCGGCGCUCACGGAGCUGCUCCAGGGAAUCCUCCGGAGUCGCCUCAGCCCCAGCGGCCUCCAGGAGAUCUUUGCCCAUUUAGGCCCCUGGAUCCGCUCCCCGCGGGAGCCGGAGCGGGAGCGCGGCCUCGGCAUCGGCAAAUCCCUGCUGGAAUUUUUCCUGGAAAACCUCGACGUGCGCGCGGUGACUCCGUUCCCGGCUCUCCCGGCUCUCCUGGCCCUGCUGGCUCCGCGCUGCUCCGACGCAAUUCCCGAAAUCCGCUCCCGAUCCCUGGAUUGCGUCCGGGCCCUGCUGCGCAUCCAGCUCUGCUUCCAAGGGUUUUCUCGGGAUCACCGGGACGAGCUGCUGGAGGAGCUGCAGGAGCUGAAGGCGGGGCUGGAAAAUUCCCGAUUUCCCGAUUUUUCCGUCCUUUUCCAAACCUGCAGCCGCCUGGGAGCGGUUCUGGGCAGGAGGAUCCCCCCGGAGCAGCUGCCGGGGCUGCUGCUGGCGCUGCUGGAGGCCUGGACCGAUCCUGAGCGGAAUUGCGGCCGCGCCGCCGCCGCCAUCGGCAACGCCCUGAUCCGGGAACGGGGCGAGAUCCUGCAUGAACAGGUUCCGGAGCUGCUGCAGGCGCUGCAUGCGCGGGUGGCGCUGCAGGCGGAGCCGCAGCUGCAGCGGGCGGCGCAACGAGCGGUGCAGCUGCUGGCGCUGCGCCUGCCCCGGCGCACGGUGGGGUGUCUGCUGGCACGGGGGCUGCCUCUGGACAGCCCCGGCUGCUGCCUGUGGCGGGCGCUGGGCUCGGAGCCGGCGCUGACCCCGCUGGUCCUGGAGCAGCUCCUGGAGCGGCUGAGCCGCGAAAUUCCCUUCCAGGAGAGCCCGGCCGGGCGCGUGGCCACCGCCCUGCCCCUGGCCGCCACGCGCGCCCUGGCGGAGCUGGCGGCGGCUCCGGAGGCGGCGGCGGCGCUCCAGGAGCGAUUCCCGGAGCUUUUCCAGGUUCUCCUGCUGCGCCUCGGCGGCUCCGUGGGGAUCCGGCUCCCCAAAUCCCUGCGGGGACGGGACAGGAACCAGCCCCAGCCCGGCAGCUGUGCCGUGCAGACGAUGAAGGCGGUGCUGGCGCGGGCCGGGAACGACGACGUCGUCCGGGACGUGGGAAGCGCCGGGGGCUGGGAACUGAUGGAAAUUCCCGAGCGGCACCACGACGGAAUCGCCCUCCUGGCCGGGGCCAUGGCUCGGCUCUGCGGGCCCCGGCUGCCGCCGAUCGUCCGGAGCCUGAUCCCGGUGCUGGGAAGCGCCUUGGAAUGCCAGAGGGUGACCAGCAGCGCCUUCCUGGCCGAGCUGCUCGGGCACAAGGUGGUGAACGACCUGGUGCUGCUGGAGCCGAUCCUGGAGGCGCUGACGGCUCUGGAGAAGGAUUCCUGCCUCCUGGUCCGGGUCCUGGCGCUCCGGGGGCUCGGGAACGUGGCCUCGGGAUCCCCGGAAAAGAUCCGUCGGCACGGGGCGCAGCUGCUGGCCUCCAUGCUCCACGGCAUGGACGACAAGGACGAUCCCAACAAUCUGCUGGCGCUGGAGGCCAUGUCCAGCCUCUCCAAAAUCCUGGAUCACCUGGAGGAGCGGGACGUGCAAUCCAUGCUGCUCCACAUCUCCAUCCGCAUCCGGCCCUUCUUCGACAGCGAACACGCGGCGCUCCGGCACUCGUCCAUCGUCCUUUUCGGGAAUCUUUCCCGCUUCGGCCGCUCCGACUCCGAGGUUUUCUCGGAGCAGAUCCUCAACGGGCUGGUGACGCUGCUGCUGCACCUGCAGGACCCGCAGCCCGACGUGGUCAAGGCGUGCAAGUUCGCGCUGCGGAUGUGCGGGCCCAGCCUGGGCUGCGAGGAGCUCCGGGAAAUGUUCGGGAAUCACCUGCGGGAAGAGCGGGGGCUGCACUACGGGGAGUUCCUCAACGACGUCUGCAAGUUCCUGAUGCGCAGCCGCCCGGCGCUGCUGGGCCGCCUCAUCUCCACCAACCUCUUCUACUUCAAGAGCUCCUGGCGGGAGCUGCGGGCGGCGGCGGCCAUGUCCGUCGGAUUCCUGGUGCUCCACGUGGAUGAGGAGCAAGGCCAGCAGGUGGACCUGGACCAGCUCAUCUCUGCCCUGCAGCUGCUGCUGAAGGAUCCGACCCCGGACGUGCGGAUCAAGGCGGCCGAGACCCUGGGACGGCUCGUCCGGAUCCUCUGAAUCCCGGAAUUCCCAAAAUUCCCGGGAAUUCCCAGCUCUGAGACCCUGGGACGGCUCGUCCGGAUCCUCUGAAUCCCGGAAUUCCCGGAAUUCCCGGCUCUGCUCAGCAAUACCCCGAGGGAUCCCAAUCCCAUCCCGAGGGAUCCCAAUCCAUGGGAAAAGUCUUCCUGCACCUUCACCCUCGGGAAUGCCGGGAACGCCGGCGC